AAUGAUUAUGUACAGCUUUCACACAGUGAUAAAAAUAUAUAUAUUAUAAUGCGUAUAUUGAGGUCAUUAGGCUGAAUUAUAAAUUUUGGAAAUGGCGAACAUAAAAGAUAAAUCGGUUAUUCUUUAUUAUUUUCCUGGAUCUUAUUAUUCCCUAAAGGUUCUACAUGCACUUUAUGAAAAGAACAUAUCGUUCAAGAAGAUGCUCAUCGUAAUUGUAACUGGCGAGCAAAAUGAAGACUGGUAUUUGAAAAAGAAUAAUAUGGGGGAAGUUCCGUGCCUCGAAAUAGAUGGAAAAUGUACAGCCGAGUCAGAAGAUAUCAUAAACGUCAUAGAUCAAACAUUCCAUACGGGUCCAAAACUUGUACCUGAUGUUGAUACGGCGGUCGGAAAUGAAGUUAGGGCUUUCCGGCAGUUACUUCAUGACAUUCAUAUUGACGUCAUCACCUAUGGCGUAUUUGCGAAUCGAGAGUUCCUUCUCGACAGCAGCUUCGUGGAUAAUGUGAAGUCACGUGCUUCUCUAAUAAUUUUUGCAGGCAAAAGAUUUUCAGGAGAGGUAACUCAUUUGAUUAAGUUCAGUGAAAAAUGUCCGCCGGAAAUGAAAGAAACGAUCAAUGCAAAGAUCGUCAAGGUUUCGAGGAAGCUUGCAAAAGUGUUAGAUAGGGAAGAAGUCGCCAAACAUCUGAAUGACCUUGAGGUUAUUUUUGACAGAAUUGAAGAAAGAUUGAACAAGACAAAACGAGAGCAUGGUGAUAGUGAGAGACUUGAAACUUGGUUAUUUGGAACAGAAUUUACAGCUGCCGACAUAACUGCAAUAGGCCUGAUGAUACGACUUUGUUUUAUCGGUAUUUCACCACGUUAUUUCUCCGCCGAGAAACGUCCAAUUGUACAAGCGUUCUACUUGCAAGCAUUACAACGUCCGGCCGUGCAGACGAUAUUAGAAGUCAUGGAUACUUCAGCUGCUGUUAUAAUGAAGUCUAUUUUGACAUUCAAAGCAUUAAAGUUCCUGAAACUAGCAGCGACUGUAGGAGUUGUUGCUCUCGGAUAUGUUGGAUUUAAACAGUUCAUGAAAAACUCAAAAACAUCAUAGAUAUAUCUUGUUUGAAAAAAAACAACAACAAGACAUUCGUGCACCAAAAUAAAAUACCAGACAAUUUUGAUCAAAAUAAAAUAUAACAGUAGCCAGACAGGGUAAAUUUCCUAAUAUCACCAAAUUUCCAAUCACUAUGUAAUAUAUACAUUCAUUUUAUUCUUUCAAAACAGUGAGAAAGGUGA